AUGUCUGAAGUUGCCGACAAAGUCGAGAAGUUAUCCGUCAAAGAUAACAAGGGACAAGAUAACAAAGGACAAAGUAAAAAGAAGGAUAAGAAGCAAUCGCAACAAUCGAGCUCGCCAUUGUAUUUGGAACCUCAACCAGCUUUCCUUGAAGAGAGGAUCAAAUUUUUUGACGAGUUGAAGGCCAAGUAUGACGCAGAAAUUGCUACUAGGGAGAAGAAGCCUAUCAAGAUCACCUUGAAGGAUGGAAGUGUCAAAGAAGGUACCUCGUAUGAGACCUCACCAAUGGAUAUUGCCAACUCGAUUGGUAAAUCUUUUGCUGAAAGACAAGUCAUUUCAAAGGUCAAUGGCACCCUUUGGGACAUGCCACGUCCAUUGGAAGGUGAUGCUUCCUUGGAGUUCUUAGAUUUUGAGCAUCCAGAAGGUAAGGCAGUUUUUUGGCAUUCGUCAGCACAUAUUUUGGGAGAAUCUUGUGAAUGUCACUAUGGAUGCCACUUGUCUCAUGGUCCACCAACUGAUGAUGGGUUCUUUUACGACAUGUCAAUCAAUGAUGGAACAACUUUUGUCAACCAAGCUGACUUUGGUAGUUUGGAGACCAUUGCCACAAAAGCAAUCAAGGAGAAACAAAAAUUUGAAAGGUUGGAAAUGACAAAGGAAGAUUUGUUGAAGAUGUUCCAUUACAACAAGUACAAGGUCCAAUUUAUCCUGGAUAAAAUUCCGGAUGGCACAUCAACAACCGUGUACAGAUGUGGUCCAUUGAUUGAUUUGUGUGUUGGUCCACACAUUCCACAUUCAGGUCGAAUCAAAGCAUUCAAAGUCUUGAAAAACUCAAGUUCCUAUUUCCUCGGUGAUGCCAAGAACGAUUCGUUGCAAAGAGUUUACGGUAUUUCAUUCCCAGAUAAGAAGUUGAUGACUGAGCAUUUGCAGUUUUUGAAAGAAGCUGCUGAAAGAGAUCACAGAAAAAUUGGCCGUGAACAGGAAUUGUUUUAUUUCAACGAUGUGUCACCCGGUUCAGCAAUCUGGUUACCACACGGUACCAGGAUCUACAACACCUUGGUUGAUACGUUGAGAUAUGAGUACAGAAAGAGAGGAUAUGAAGAAGUCAUUACCCCAAACAUGUACUCAACUAAAUUAUGGGAGACUUCGGGUCACUGGCAAAACUAUAAAGAAAACAUGUUUUCAUUUGAAGUUGAAAAGGAGACAUUUGGAUUGAAGCCUAUGAACUGUUUGAGUGAAGAUAUGAGAAUUCAAACUGAUAAAGGAUUUUUGUUUUUGAGCGAGAUUGAGUCCAACUGGAAAGACGUCAACUUUGCCACUUAUGAUCCAGAAUCCAAACUGAUCAAAUACUCAAAGGCAUCGAACUUUAUUGUCAAGGAUGCAGCCAAUCACCAAAUGGUGGAGUUUUCCAACUACGAUCUUGCCAAAGCUGAUGGAAAGAGCGGAAUUUCAUUAUUGGUUACUGAAGACCAUGACAUGUAUGUGCAACAAAACCCACAAUCUGGCGAAGCCCCAUUCAGCAAGGUUCCAGCUCGUGAAUUAGUUCAAAAAGAUGCAGACUACGGUUUCCUCGUUGUUGCUGAUGAAUCUGGCUCCUCUUCUGACGCAUUUGCCAAGACUAGCUUGAAUUCAAACACCGAAGUAAAGACUGUUGGCGAGUAUCAUGGAAGAGUCUGGUGUGUUACAGUUCCAACAGGGUUGAUCAUCGCUCACAGAGUGCAUCGUGGUGCUGAUGGCAACAUUACCAACGCUUCAAAGCCCGUUGUUAUUGGAAAUUGUCCUGGACACUGUAUCCUUUUCAAAUCAAGAGAACGUUCAUAUCGUGAAUUGCCAUGGCGUGUUGCCGAUUUUGGUGUUCUUCACAGAAACGAAUUUUCUGGUGCAUUAUCAGGAUUGACAAGAGUUCGUCGUUUCCAACAAGAUGAUGCCCACAUUUUCUGUACACCAGAUCAAAUUGGUACCGAAAUCGCAGGUGUCUUUGACUUGUUGAAAAAGAUGUAUGACAUUUUCGGUUUCGAGUUCAAGAUGGAAUUGUCAACCAGACCUGAAAAGUAUGUUGGUGAUAUAGAAACUUGGAAUGCAGCAGAAAAGAAGUUGGAGAGUGCUUUGGAUGAGUUUUUGGGUAAAGGCAAAUGGGAAUUGAACCCAGGUGAUGGAGCUUUUUAUGGUCCCAAGAUUGAUAUCAUGAUUAGUGAUGCGUUGAGAAGAUGGUUCCAAUGUGCAACUAUUCAGCUCGAUUUCCAAUUACCUUCAAGAUUCGAAUUGGAAUACAGAUCAGAAAGUAAUAGUGCGACUGAACGUCCAGUUAUGAUUCACAGAGCUAUUUUGGGAUCAGUGGAGAGAAUGACUGCUAUUUUGACUGAACACUACAAAGGUAAGUGGCCCUUCUGGUUGUCGCCUAGACAAAUCCUUAUUGUCCCUGUUAGUCCAAAGUACUAUGAUUAUGCUGAAAAGUUGAAGAAGUUGUUUAACGAUGAACACUUUUUCUAUUGUGAUGUUGAUGUCAGUGGUAAUACAUUGCCCAAGAAGGUGAGAUCUGGUCAAUUGAUGCAAUACAAUUUCAUUUUCAUUGUUGGGGCUGAAGAAGAAGAGAACUAUGGUGUCAAUAUUAGAAACAGAGAUAUCCCUGAAGAGCAGGGUAAGAAUCCAAUGGUUGGUGUUGACUCAGUUAUCAAACUGUUGAUCAAACUUAGAGAAGAAAAGAGAUCAGAUAAUAAAUUGUAG